AUGUCCGGCAGUAUCUUUCCUUGGUCAUCGUCGUUAGAACCAUUGGCGUCCUAUGCCGUGUCCAGAAAUGUAUCACUUCACAUUCUAGCUGGAUCGGUAGCUGAUUACGCUCCUGGGGCAUUUCGUGCCACGAGCCAGGACAAUACCCAUGGAGAAUCAACCAAGAAACAAAGACUUAUUGCGCCAAUACUUGCAGCUAUUGUCAAUGCUGCCAACGAGGGAUGUUUGGGAGGCGGCGGUGUCGAUGGUGCUAUAAGUCAAAGGGGCGGCAUCAAUCUGGCUAAAGAUAGACAAGCGUUGCCACUCCUACCAAACCCUUCUGGUGGCCCUGAUGUACGAUGUCCGACUGGCCGUGCCGUGGCAACCGGGCCUGGCGACUAUGGAAGACUGCAAGUUCCAUAUGUCAUUCAUGCUGUUGGACCAAUAUAUAAUCAGUGGAGAGACUUAGCCGAACCCAAUGCUUUACUUCAAUCAGCCUACACGACUUCCUUGCAAGUGGCUCAAGCAAACGGGAUUUCCGAGGUUGCCUUUGCCUUGUUGAGUGCCGGCGUUUUUAGGGGGCAACAAACAUUGGAAGAGGUUCUCUCUAUUGCUAUUCGAGGAGUUCAAGACUUCGUCCAACAGAAUGAUGAAGGGGAAACAGUUAUAGAGGAAAUUUCGCUUGUCGCCUUUUCCUCUCGGGAGCAAAAGGUGUUGCUUGAAGUCGCAACGAAGCUUCUGUCGCCAAGUGAGGAGUCACAAAGUGAGGAGUCACAAACUGAGGAUUCAGAGAUGGCUAGCACUGCAACAAAUUCACCAAGUGAGGCGUCAGAGAAGGCUACAUAUAUCCCUGCAGCAAAUUCACCAUCUUCGGAGCCAGAUGAGGCUAGCACUGGAACAAGUGGGGAUUCAGAGAAAGAAAGUGCUAUAGAAAACGGAAAAGAGUUGUAA